UACAGCAAACAAGCAACCAGAAGCAACGGACGUGGAGAUAGUUCAAAACUUCAACUUGGAUUGGUUUGAUGGCGCGCGGUAAGGUGGCUGAGUGGAUACGGAAGCGGACGAUGCCGAGGAAGUCGUCGUCGUCCCGGCGCCGGAGCAGUACUCCCAGUGCGGCGUUGGAGGAGCCGAUACUAAGAGAGGCGGCGCCGGCGAUGGACAGCUGGAGCGGGGCUCCCUCGCCGGCGCGGACAAAGGCGGAUUCGAAGGUCCGGUCGGCCGUUCGGCGGUGGCGGCCACGCGUGAACGUGGUGGCCGUGCUUUACGACAAGGUGGUGUACCACCUGAUGUGGCUGGUCGAGUCCGUCGUGGUGGUCGGAAGGCUGGUCUUCUUUCUCAUGCGCUACGGCUUCAAACAGCUCUAA